AAAACGCCAUAUGACAAGAAUAUACUGUUACUAUUCUGUUACUUUCUUGCGUUUUGCAUCUUCAUCAUUUGCAUUUAUGCAAGAUGAUUGUUCUUGUUGGUCUCCUACUUUUGUGCUCAGGAGAAUCUCUACAUGGCCUCCAGUAUGCACCGAUGGAAAACCCUGAUUUAUUUGGCGGUGAUAUGGCAGGAACAGAUCUUAAUGUGGAUAAAAACGCAAUAAGCAGGGAGGAUCGGCUGUGGCCUGGCGGUAUUGUGCCCUACGUUCAAGAUCCCGGUCUCGAAGAAACGAUUAAGUAUAUGUUUCUGGUAGAUAGAGCCAUGGACAAUUACAAAAAGAAAACGUGCAUCAGAUUUAUUCCCAGAACAAAUGAAAAAGAUUACAUCAGGCUGCAUCCGGGACAAGGAUGUUAUUCUUUCGUGGGUAGAGUAGGAGGACCGCAGAUCGUCUCUCUGGGCAAAGGUUGCGGAUGGCAGGGAACCAUUACCCAUGAGCUGGGCCACGCCAUCGGAUUCUACCAUGAGCAGAACAGAUCGGACCGAGACGAUUAUUUGAACAUCUUCUGGGAGAACAUCCAAUCAGGGCAAGAAGAUCAGUUCUUCAAAAUGUCCCCUCUCCAGAAUAUACUCCUGACUCCGUUCGAUUAUGACUCUAUUAUGUUAUACGGAUCCCUGACCUUUUCGAAGGACAAAGCAAACAGAUUGCGCACAAUGGAAGGCAAGGACGGACGGUACUUGAACGACGUCAACACUAAACAACUCAGCAAAGACGAUGCCAAAAGAAUCAAUAUGCUCUAUGACUGCAAAAUGUAAUUCUUACAGGGUUUUUUUUUUUCAUUAAGAAAUAAAGACGUAUC